GAGCAGGAUUAGCGCUCAGCAGGACAGCCGCUCCGCCCGCAGAGCUUUGUUUUCUGCUCCGAGCGUCAAAACUCCCACAGUUUCACAUCUGAGCGGUGUUUCCCUGCAGCCUCCUCUGAAAUCAGCCUUUUUCCUUCUCCUCAGAGGGAUCGGACUGCACACAGAUAGAAAGGCCUGCUGGUUCACUGCAACAGGUCGAGGAGCAGCUGAAAUAAUAAUAAUAAUUAUUAUAAUAUUAAUAAUAAUAGUAAGUGUGAUGUGGAUGCAGCGGACGGACUUGCAGCAGAGGAGGAGGAUGGUUUGAUGGUUUCAGCUGCAGUCUGGAUGCGACAGAGCGGAAAACUGCCAACAUGAUGCCGAUGUUCCUCACUGUGUACCUCAGCAACAAUGACCAGCACUUCAGCGAGGUUCCCAUCACGCCGGAGACGCUGUGCAGAGAUGUGGUGGAGCUCUGCAAGGAGCCCGGCGAGGCCGACUGCUACCUUGCCGAGAUGUGGAGAGGCUCAGAACGUGUCGUUGGAGAAGGGGAACAGAUGCUGGAGGUGUUGCAGCGAUGGGGGCAGCAGAGGGGGGAGGUUCGGUACCUCCUGCAUCAUCAGAGGGCUCCAGGACGAGAGUCAGUUGGAUCCAGAGGUGCAGAUCAGAUGAUGAAGAGGAAUCAGGUGAAAGCUUCUGUGGAAAGAUGUCUGGAGAAUGGGGUCUCAGCUCCUCGUCUGGACAUGACGCUGAGCGAUCUGCAGGAUCUGGCAACCCGACAACAGCAGCAGAUCAAUGCCCAGCAGCAGCUGUUGGCCUCCAAGGAGCAGCGGCUGCGUUACUUGAAGCUGCAGGAUCAGCGGCAGCAGCAGCAGCAGGAGGUGUCUGAACAGGAGCGACUACGGCAGCUCAGAGAGAACGCACACAACCAGGAGACCAAACUGCGACGUGUCCGGGCCCUCAGGGGCCAGGUGGAGCAGAAACGCCUCAGCAACAGCAAACUAGUGGAGGAGAUUGACCAGAUGACCGGGCUGUUCCAGCAGAAGCAGAGGGAGCUGCUGGUCGCCGUGUCGAGGGUGGAGGAGCUGAGCGACCAGCUGGAGGCGCUGAGGAGCAACAGACUGGAGCCUCCUCCUCUUCCUCAUCACCACACCUCUACAGCUGAGCUGGAACGCCUUUAUAAAGAGCUGCAGCUGAGGAACAAGCUGAACCAGGAUCAGAGCGGUAGGCUGCAGCAGCAGAGAGACAGCCUGAACAAGAAGAACCUGGAGGUGGCCGCGAUGGACCGACGGUUAGCCGAGCUGCGACAGCGGCUCUGGAAGAAGAAAGCUGCCCUGCAGCAGAAGGAGAAUCUGCCAGUGGCUUCAGACGGAGUGGCCCCCCAGCAUGCAGUGGUCUCCAGAGUGGCAGCAGUGGGGCCGUACAUCCAGUCCUCCUCCACUACAAGCUCUCAGGGGCCUCCGGUGCCGGCACGCCAGGAGGGUCUUGUGAAGCCGGCAUACCCGGACGGCACCGCCACCCUGCCCAUACCUGACUCAUCCCUGAAGCCGCCUCCCAGACCAGUCAAACCAGCCUCAGGUUUCACCACAUCAAAAAUAACCAAACUCUCGGACUGGAGCGGCUCGUUUUCUGAGUCCAGUGGAGGUUACAGCCACGCCUCUACCCUGCCGCGCAUGUCCAGCCUCAGCUGCCGCAACUCAGGUGGUAAGACCCUCACAGACCAGAAGGGCCUCACUGGGUCUGACAUCCCGCCCCCUGUCCCCUCACGGACCAAUCACAUCACUGAGAACCUGCUCAGGGACAAUCAGGCCUCAGGUAAAGGUCUGUCCAAGAUGGCAGCGCCACCUCCAGUUCCCAGUAAGCCCAAACCGUUCUCCUCAUCUGGCCCACCACCCUUCUCUAAGCCCCCUUACAACACUGGGACCUUCCCUGGUAAGGUGCGUCCAGUUGGGGGCCACCUCAGGGCUCCGGGUGUCCUCUCCAGCCACAGCCACACCCUCCCUCUCCCUAACAAGCAGGAGAGUCCGCCUGCUGCCGCCAUACGACCGUACACCCCUGACCUCUCGGACGCUCCCCUCCCCGUGCUGCAGAAGCCUCAGACUCUGGCGGCUUCGUCCAUCUACUCCAUGUACACCCAGCAGGCCACACCGGGGAAGGGCUACCAAGGCCAGGGUACACUGCCCCGCAGCCAGCCCAGAGUGUAUGGGAAACCAGUCCUCUCAUCUGGAGGAGGGCAUCAGUCUGUCGUCUCAGACAGCGCCAUCAUGAGUUCUGGGUCUUGUGUGUCUGACGGGCUUGAGGCUGACAACAGUUGCCAGGGCAACAGCGAAGGUGUUGGAGCAGAAACGUCAGAACGCGCCACCCCACGACCGCUCAGCCCCACCAAGCUCCUCCCCUUCCUGUCCAACCCUCACAGGAACCCCAGCGAUGCUGACCUGGAGGCCCUGCGCCGCCGGCUGCACCACGCCCCCCGGCCCCUAAAGAAACGCAGCUCCAUCACAGAGCCUGAGGGCCCGGCCGGACCCAACAUCCAGAAGCUGCUCUAUCAGAAAACCACUCUGGCUGCCAUGGAAACUAUCCCCAUGGAAACAGUCGGUCCAGCAGGGACGUAUGCUCAUCCUGGGGGUCACGAGGAUGGGACGGGCAGUACCGAUGCAAUGUUUAAAGUAGACGACACCAGCGCUGCCUUCAACCAGCCACUCGCUGAGAGUCCAGAGGACAGCUUGACCCCGCCCCCUCUGCCACCCCGCUCACCCAUCCCCGAUCCCACCUCGUGCCGCUCCCUGCCCCCUCCUCUGGAGGACAAGGAGGAGGAGGAGGUCUGUCCAUCCACCUCGCUCCCCCAGGACUACUUUGCAGAAGAGUUCCCCCCUUACCCGCCCCCUCCUUACCCUUCCUGUGGAGAGGCGGAGCAAGGAGAAGACGUCUUCAGCCUGCAGCCACCGGAGGUCACAGGACAGGUCACAGUGCCUCCAGGUAAGAAGUCGAUCCUCCGUAAAGCCAGCUCGGAGCGGAUCGACCCCAGCAUGCGGGUCAAGUUCAACCCUCUGGCCCUGCUGCUGGACUCGUCUCUGGAGGGCGAGUAUGACCUCGUUCAGAGAGUCAUCUAUGAUGUGGAAGACCCGAGCAUGCCGAACGAUGAGGGUAUCACAGCGCUGCAUAACGCCGUCUGCGCCGGCCACACCGAGAUUGUCAAGUUUCUGGUUCAGUUCGGUGUCAAUGCCAACGCUGCAGACAGCGACGGCUGGACUCCCCUCCACUGUGCUGCCUCCUGUAACAAUGUUCAGGUCUGUAAGUUCCUGGUGGAGUCGGGGGCGGCGGUGUUCGCCACCACAUACAGCGACAUGCAGACAGCUGCCGACAAAUGUGAGGAGAUGGAGGACGGCUACACCCAGUGCUCUCAGUUCCUCUACGGCGUUCAGGAGAAGAUGGGUGUGAUGAACCGCGGCGUGGUGUACGCCUUGUGGGACUACGAACCUCAAAGCGAUGACGAGCUCGGCUUCAGCGAGGGCGACUGCAUGACGGUGCUGAGACGGGAGGACGACGUGGAGACGGAGUGGUGGUGGGCGAGAUGUGGUGACCGUGAGGGCUACAUCCCCCGCAACCUGCUGGGGCUGUAUCUGAGGAUAAAGCCGCGGCAGAGGAGCCUGGCUUAACGGACGGCCGACAAAUCCUUCAAAAGGCCAAAAUGUUCUGAGAAGGAGGAGCAGCAGACCAAUAAAUCUCUGGGCUCGUGCUGCAGGGACUCAAAAUAUCAGAGACAGAUGUUUUCUGAACUGCCAUUGGACCUGGUUGGUUUUUCAACAUCAGCACAAAGAAUGUCACAAAGAACUGCCGGAGGAACACAAGGGGAAACAAUAGUUCAUGUGAAUCCUGUGGUGAAUAGGAUCAAAUCAUCACUUUAGCAACUUUUAGCAGCAGAUAAUUUUGCGGAUGACUCAUUUUGGUGAUUUUUUCCCUAAGGUACCACAACCUCCAAAACAAGAUGUGAUAAUUCUUUUCUUCUCUUUUGAGGUCUUAUUUUAUUGAAUGGUGACAGUUGACAUAAGAACAGGAAAUGUGUGGGCAAACAAGAUGCAGCGUGUAACAAAUGUCCCGCAUGUUGGAAUCAAACAGGGGACGUUAGGCCACCAUCUUUGAAUUUCUUUGUUGUUAUUAAAGUAUUUAACAGAACAAUUCUUUGAUUUUGCUACAGCAGCAUCAGUUUCAACGAAUGUAGCGAAUGUAGCGAAUUUCAGUUCACAGUAAUCUGUGGAGACAAGAUAAAAAUACAUUUUCUUUCUUUGGGCACUCUGUGUAACAGAUGGACAUUUCAGCAGGGGGGUUAUUUUAUUAUUCUUAGUGUGAACAGGCUGCUGUUUAUUAAUGUUAAUUUGAUAUUUAUGUUGCUAAUGUUCCCCAAACACAUACAGGAACUAUGUGUUAAGUAACGUUUUUUUUUUUUUUGUUAUUAAAGUUUAUUUACAAGAGUUCCUGUUCCGUUACUGUAGUUUGUCAUUUUUUAAAAAGAAUUAAAACUCAGAAACAGACACAUAUAUCAUGCAGUGAAGAUUUAAAUUCUAAAUCCCUAUUCGGCCUGUCCUGUGUUGAAACUGAAGACUUCAUUACAAACUCUGAAAUGUGGAAAUUCAGUAUUUUCUUUUAUAUUGGUAGAUUAUUACAUUUUCCAAAAUAAAAGUCUGAUCAAUCUCAAAUCGAUAGAUCAGAGGGUACAAGGUGUAUGUUUCUCACUGCCAAUGGACCUACGCUAGCAGUUUCCACAUGCUUUCAGUCUUUGUGCUAAGAUAAACACAUUCUGGACCUCAUGUCAGUACUGUAUACACACACACACACAUACAGUAUGAAAGUU